GAGAUAAAUAAUAUAUUAUAACAUUUGCAGCUUAAUACUCGCAUAAAGUAGUCGACGUUGACACGUUAAUUAAAUUAAAACUUAAUUAAAUGCCCUUUGACAAGUAACAAUCGCGCAAAAACAAGAUUUACACGUUACAAGUACCCACAUAAUUAUAAUAUUAGAUCGAUCAAAGUUUACGAUAGCUAAAGUAUAAAUACUAUUAAACUAAGAUCUGCGAAUCAUAUUCGUACAAACACAGUGUACUCACUCAGCUCUCGAAAUAAUAGUCAUACGCGAUAAGUGCAAUAAACGAUAUGUGUUAAUGAAAAAGUUUCUUAAUAACGUCGCUGCAUUGGUUGAUAGUUAUCUAGAGUGAAAGGUUAGUACGAUAACAAACAAAGUUGUGUAUAACUUAUAUAUGUAACAAUACAAGUCCAGACAGCGGUGUCGAAUUAUUGUUCCUGACAAAUAAAUGUAAUAUACCUACGUAUACAUGACAUACAACAAAAACAUCGGGAGUUACCAAAGUAUAUAAAAUGAGUUUACGAAGGCCAAGGACUGACCCUGGCAUACGAAAUGGAAUCGUCACACAAGAAGAAAAAACAAAGAGUCCCGAAUUUAUGCACCGAGAGUCACCAUUAACAGUUCUCAUUGAACAUUCAUUGCACAUAAAGGCAAUAUAUCAUAUAUUCGUUGUCAUUCUACUGGUUCUGCUAUGUAAUACGGUGAUAUACGACCUUGUCGAGCACGGAAAAAUAAACAUCGGUGUGACGUUAGUUUUACAUUUGUUCGGUGACAUGAGACGCUGCGUCAAGCUGUGGUUGUUCGAGUUAACGGUCGCUCUUGCCGUUUAUCCAGGAUUGAUAAUAUAUUCCUGGGUACGAAAGAUUAUCAGGGAUUACGCAGGGUUAUGCAGAAUCUGGUCCAUAGUAGGAGUAUUAAGCGUGAUCACACUGGGAACGACACUAUUAGCAGUUCCAGUGUAUGAUUUAGCACAUAAUAAUUUGCCUAUGGCGUCGUCUGCCAUUGUUACCUGUGAAAUGUUUCGUUUUGUUAUGAAAAUUUGUGCUGUUGUUACUGCUUGUAAGAGCCGGUUACAAGACGGAAGUACAAAAAUACCCUCAUUUUCACACUAUCUGUACUUCCUAUUCGCUCCUACGCUUAUCUACAGAGAUGAGUACCCCAGAACCAAGAAAAUUAUGUGGGAUGUUGUGGUUUUCCACUUUUUGGAAGUAAUUGCUAUAAUAUUUUAUAACUGUUUCCUAUGGGAGCGUUUCAUAUUACCCCAUUGGUCAGAUUAUGGAAAGGAAGCGAAGGUAGAGGCUGGCACUGUUGUACGCGGUAUGUUCGCGUGUGUGUUGCCUGGUGUUAUAUCUUUCCUCUGUGGAUUUUAUUGCUUGCUACAUGCAUGGCAUAAUGCCUUUGCAGAGAUGCUCAAAUUUGGAGACCGUCUUUUUUAUGAAGACUGGUGGACCACUUCUCGCUUCUCUUAUUAUUACCGAGCUUGGAAUCGGAUAGUACAUGCAUGGCUCCACCACCACAUACAUCGUCCUUUAGCACCGCGUGUUGGUCGAGCUAUGUCUAUUCUAACAGUAUUUUUAUUAUCGGCUGUAGUACAUGAAGUGAUAUUGGCUCUUUCUUUCGGUUUCUUUUACCCAGUAAUGAUGAUCGAAUUUGGAGUAUUCGGUCUUUUGAUGCUGCCUUUAACAGCAACUACUGGACUUCGCUUUCCCAGCGCAUUGAACCUUCUAAUGUGGUUAUCGUUUUUUAUUGGCAACGGCCUCUUAUGGAGUUUAUACGCAAUGGAACAUUUUUCAAGGAAAAAUUGCCCAAAAUCAGAAUCAGACAGUUUCUUCGUACCAAAGUCAUGGUCUUGCCCAGAAAUUGUAUUAAAACCAAAUUGGACAUUCCAAAAUCCAUUCGACAUAAUUUAUUAAUUGUAGUUUAAGUUUGAAAAUAAAAGAUAUAUAUUUUAUUUUCAAUAAUAGUAAAAUUAUGAUUAAUAAUAUAUGUUGUUGUUUUAUAACAUUUAACUAUUCUUGGAUCUUAUUUAAUUUAAGGUGAUGGUUUAAGUAAAUAUUUUUUUAUAAAUUGACUUGAUGUU